UUGAGAGUAUAUGACCUUCUUCUCUUUACUCUCCCCAUUUUGACUUCCCCCCUCUCUUUCAGAUUCUGGAGAGAGAGAACAUAAAGAAAAUAAAAAUCCAAACUUUAUAACAGAGAAGGAGGCGGAAGCUAGUUCUUCUUCUUCAACUACGCGGCUGACACGGAGGAGGAGAGGUCUUAUGGUUUUCGCCGGAGUUUUUGGAUCAAAUCUGUUGCCGAUUCGUACUGGGCAUUUUCUGAUCUUUGAACCUUUAAAUUGAGGAAGAGGAAGACAGAGAGAGAGAGAGAGAGAGAGAGAGAGAGAGAGAGAGAGAGAGAGAGUCUAGGUUCGAUGAAAGCUCUUAGAAGAAUUCAAACGAAGUCUUCGUUUCCUAUUCCUUCUUCUCCAUCAUCUCCGUGGACUCAUUUGCGUUCUGCUUUCGUCCUUGUUACUUCUUCUUCUUCUCCUGCUUCUUGUUCUUCUUCUUCUUCUUCUUCUUCUUCUUCUGAUCCGCAUCGACUCAAAUCACCCUGGUCCAGAAGAAAACGAAAGAAACCUGUCACACUCCGCCGGUGGAAAAAACUUUUCACCCCUGAGGGUAGACUUCGGAAUGGGGGAGUGGAUCUGUUGAAGAAAGUCCGGAGUAGAGGCAUUGAUCCUAGCAUUCGGUCAGAAGUGUGGCCGUUCCUUCUUGGAGUGUGUGAUUUGAAUAGUUCCGAAGAAGAGAGAGGUGCUACAAGAACUUGGAGAAGAAAAGUGUAUGAGAGACUACGCAGGCAGUGCAAAAGACUUCAAAGACAAAACAGUGGGACGUUUAAGUUAAACAAGAUCAAUAAAACUACUCAAGACGGGCGUGAUAGUUGUUGGUCACUGGCGCAAGACUCUGACAGUUCAUGUUCUGAUGACGAUACUUGCAGCGACCACAAGUCUCUCUCUAGCGACAAAGACAACAUAGAAGAUAAUGGUUACAUGAGUGAUGUCUCAUGUAAGCUUGAUAGAGACUACACUGGUUCGAGACAGCUGAAUUCUGAGUCCUCAGACUCAGAUUCUUCAGAUGAGAAUGAUUCUGUUCAGCUCGUUCCUUCUUCUGAAGGGAAGGAUGAAAAUCAUACUUCUUCAUCCAGCAUAUUCAUUUCUCGUACCAAAGAGGAUUUUGUGACUUGGCAGCGUAUCAUCCGUCUCGACGCUCUUCGUGCUGAUACAGAGUGGACUCCAUAUUCCUCAUCCCAAGCUAUGGUAUCAGAGAAUAGGGCACGGCGAGCUGCUGACGCAGUUGUCUUAAAGGAUUACAAUCAUUUGGAACCUUCAAAAAUAUUUCACGCUGCACGUCUUGUUGCUGUCCUUGAAGCCUAUGCUUUAUAUGACCCUGAAAUUGGCUAUUGCCAAGGAAUGAGUGAUCUCCUCUCCCCUAUACUCUCUGUCAUACCUGAUGACUACGAGGCAUUUUGGUGUUUUGUUGGGUUCAUGAAGAAGGCUCGUCAGAAUUUCAGACUUGAUGAGGUUGGGAUCACAAGGCAACUGAACAUAGUCUCAAAGAUUAUCAAAUCCAAAGACUCACAGCUCUACAAGCAUCUUGAGAAAGUCAAAGCAGAAGACUGUUUCUUUGUUUAUAGAAUGGUUCUUGUGAUGUUUAGAAGGGAGCUGACUCUGGACCAAACGCUGUAUCUUUGGGAAGUGAUUUGGGCAGACCAAGCUGCGAUAAGAGCUGGGAUGGGGAAGUCUUCUUGGAGCCGCCGGAUAAAGCAUAGAGCCCCUCCCACAGAUGAUUUGUUGCUAUAUGCCGUAGCAGCUUCAGUGCUGCAGAGGAGGAAACUCAUAAUAGAAAAGUACAGUAGCAUGGAGGAGAUUCUCCGGGAGUGCCACAAUAUGGUAGGGAAACUAGACGUGUGGAAGCUCUUAGACGAUGCACAUGACCUUAUUGCUACCCUCCAUACCAAGAUUGAACACUCCAUCCCAUAAUCCUUUACCCUGUGUACUGGCUUAUCACUCCUUGGUGCUUGGGACGCAACUGUGAUAUACAUACUUGUUCAUGGCAAGUCGUCAGAGGAUUUGAUUUACCGCAAUGGUGCUAUCUAAAUCCAGGUUUAACAUAUCAAGGCCAGAAUCAAUGUAGUCAUGAUUUGUGUGGUGUGUUGUGAAACUUCCAGAGGUGAGUUUCUCUGACUCCAUUUUCAGUUUUGUAUAUGAAACAAUUUUUUUUGUGCCGGGAAAGAGAAUCUUCCGCCGGUAAAAGAAUAAACCAACUCUCUCAUUCUGUUCA